AUGGAUUCUUCUGACUGCUCUGUCGGUCUGGGAAUGGCUGAUGGCCCAUCUGCCGUUGGCACCCAAGGAGAUGAUAUGUUCCCUCAUACUUACCACUCCUCCGUCUGCAAAGACCAGAUUUUCGACCAAGGAAGGAUCAAGGAUCACAUUGAUCUGCUGGCCCCAGUGAAGUCUGAACAGGAAUGUGAAGAGACUUCUUUGGCUCCCAUUGUCGCAGGUCGCGCCUUGAAUAUCCCUUCCAGCGUGCCAAACGGAGGUAAAAGAAUGUUUCCAAAGUUACAGCAGUAUGGCCUGUUGGCAGGGCUUGCUCCGAACAUGGAGUCUCAGAGCCAAGAUGGGGAAAGAGAUAUCCGCACUGCACUUGGCGAUCCCCGCGUCUUCUUCAAUGUCACUUCGCCCUCGAGCACCUUCAUCUGCGGCUCGCAGGGCUCUGGGAAGAGUCAUACUUUGUCUUGCAUGCUUGAGAAUUGCCUAAUCCCUUCGAAGGCUGGAUGUCUUGAGCGUCCGUUGACAGGACUUGUCUUCCAUUAUGAUGCGUUCAUCAGCGAUACCAUGGGCUCUCCCUGUGAGGCGGCUUAUUUGUCGUCGAAUCCCAAUGUCAAAGUGAGGAUUCUAUGCUCACCUACUAACAUUCAGUCCGUCAAGUUCGCCUACUCGCGGCUCAAGAACGUUGAAGUCGAGCCCCUUCAGAUCGACGAAUCAGACCUCAAUACUCAGAGAAUGCUUGACCUCAUGGCUGCUAGUCAAGGUGAUGGCCCCAUGCCACUCUACAUGCACACUGUGCUGCGGAUCUUGAGGGAACUUCGCAUUGAGCAGCAGGGGACUGGAAUGGGCUUCAAUUACGAGAAGUUCAAGAGCCGCCUGCUCGAUUCCAACUUGACCAUCGCGCAGACUGAACCCUUGAAGCAGCGCCUUGAUACACUAGAAAGCUUCCUGUCGAAGCCUCAGAUUGGGCUCAGUGGUCAUGGCAAAAGCAAGAAGAAGGUUGAAAGGCGAGGCUCGGUUUGGGACCCCGUGCCUGGUCGGUUGACCAUUGUUGAUCUGUCCUGUCCAUGCAUCACGCCGGAUACUGCUUGUGCGCUAUUCAACAUCUGUUUGGGCAUCUUUCUGGAGCAGGAUCAGUCAGUUGGUCGUGUGGUUGCGUUAGAUGAAGCACACAAGUACAUGAAUUCAUCCGCCGAGGCAAGCGCAUUCACAAACACCCUCUUGUUGGUUGUCAGGCUGCAGCGUCAUCUCGGAGUCCGGGUCAUCAUCUCGACUCAGGAACCCACGAUUUCCACUGCUCUGCUGAAUCUGUGCUCUGUUACCAUAGUUCACAGAUUCACCUCCCCAGAAUGGCUGCGGAUUCUCCGUCACCAUCUCGCUGGUGCUGUCGAUAACUGCUUCGCUCUUACGCCUGGUUCCGAAAAUGAGCUUGACGACCACCCUGAGGAAGGCGAGGCAGAAACGCUUUUUACGAAGAUCGUGCGCCUCGGUGUUGGACAAGCGCUGCUGUUUGCUCCGAGUGCUACUGUCAGAACUACUGUAGCCGAUGAUGGCAAGGUGACGAUCCAUCAGUUGGGUGCUCAGCAUUUGACUAUCAAAGUCCGAGCCAGAUUGACUGAUGAUGGUGGAAAGAGUGUUCUUUCGAUGUGA